AUGUCCCUCGAAAGGAAGUUUGAUGCCGAAGAUGCAGGUAUUUAUGUAGCUUCCAUCUACAUUGAGAAGGAUGGAGAAAGCUUCAAAUGUGAGGUCGAGGUCAAGCUUGUCCUUCUAGAGGGAUCUGUGAAACUGAACAUUGCCAAUGCUAAACAACUGUCUAAAAAGCAGAAGUCUGGACAACCUCUGGCUAUCAAGUGUGACGUUGAUAUUGACAACCUGAAACUGAAAGACCCUAAGAGUCCAAAUAACAUUAACUGGUACAGAGUAACUGAUGACGGUGAUGAACUUCUUGAUGAUAGUGAUACUAUCAGUAUCGAACGAGGAAAAGGAACCUACCAAAUGAUCCUCAAGAACCCGAGCCCCGAAGACAGCGGCACCUACAGAUGUGAGUUUGAUCAACAAGGAGUGGACACAUCUACAGACGUCACUAUUGAGUUCAAGUAGAUUACUCGCAAGAUUGCAGGGCACAUGUAUAAGGACAUGUACAGGUUUUUUAUUAUGGAAAUAGAUUUUUAUGGAAAUGGACUGAACUGA